GAUAGUAAAAUAUCAACUGCAAGAUAAUUUUUCAAUUAGUAUCAAUAUUACCUAUUCAAAUAUAUAUACAUAUAUAUCAUUAAUUUCAUAACUUUUUAAACAAAAAGCGAAUGAAAUCAACCUAUAUCACGAAACAAUUUCAAUAUUUCAAUAAUUUUAAACCAUGAAACUAAAUCCCCUUUUAACUACCUCAAUUUCGUUAAUAAUACGAACAGUAAUCGCUUAUACUUCACCUCAAAAUACAAAUAAAAUUGUAUCCCAAAAUCUAGUUGCAAAUAUUAGUACUUUAUGGGAAAAUAAAGGUGAUACAAAUUAUCAAUUAAAUGGUGAUUUAACUGUCAACAAUAAUGUAUACUUUUUCCUUACCAGUUAUAAUUUUUAUGUCAAUGGUAAUUUUUUAAAUAAUGGUACCUUCUAUAUAGCGAAUGGAAUGGCUUGGCCAAAUUAUUAUAAAGGUGCCGGUGGACAAACUAUGGAUAUCAACUAUUGGUUCACUCCGUCUGGGACCAAUGUCGGUACUUUUUAUAAUUAUGGUACUUUUAUAGUUAAUGAUAAUUGUACUUCAGGUGGUCCAUCAUAUUAUUGGUUUGGUAAUAAAUUUUAUAAUAAAGGUACCAUCAUAAUGGGUGGUGCACAAUUAAAAGAUGGUGCAACCAUGCAAAUUCAACCUAAAGGUACUGGUUCAUUUUUAAUAAAUGAAGGUAUCAUUCAAUAUACUCAAUAUCAAUUAGCAAAGAAUCCACCAAGUACAUAUUAUGGUUCUAGAGCUAAUUGUGAUACUAGUGUUCCAACAAGUAUUAAUAAUGGUACAAUUUGUUUGUGGCAUAAUAAUGCUUUAUUUCAAGCUAAUGCGUAUGCAGGAAAUGGUUGUAUUGUGGUAGAUGAAUUAAGUACUUUAUCACUUCAAUGUGCUCAAUCUUGGGAUAGUGAUGGUAUUAAUCAACAAACUGUUUAUCUUGCAUCCAAUACAUCUGUUCUUGAUUUCUACACUACAGGCUCAAAUUAUGUAAAUCCCAAACCAAUUGUACUUAGAGGUUGGGGUAACAAUAAUACCAUACUUUUCAAUUCUGAUGGUACAGGAUAUCCUCCAACUUGGGUAUACGAUGGAACAUUACUUAAUAUACAAGUUCAUGCCGUUGGUAAAUGGAUAACAUAUGUGUUCGACAUUGGUCCGGACUAUGACACUACUAUCAUAAACAGACUUUGGAAUUCUAAUUCUCAAUAUACUGGAACACCUUUUGCAGGAAAUGAUCAGACCACUUGGAAUAAUAGAUGGGCUUUUUACUAUAAUGCUCCAGUUCCAAAUUCAAGACCCUUGGUGUGUCAAACAUGUCCCGGUCCUUUGCAAUAUCCGAACGUAAAUGCAAUAUUAGAUCCAAAGACAACCUAUACUACCACUUAUACUAGUACUGCAUCAUUUGGAUCAAUUGAAACCAAUUCUGGAGUUGUUAUUGUAACAACAGAUACAGUUGGAUCCUAUACUACAAAAACUUCAUUGUAUCCUCCACCACCUUACACGACCUACACCACUACGUAUACCAGUACUUUAACAGAUGGGAGUGUUAAAACUCGUUCUGGGGUUGCUGUUGUAACAACUGAUACAGCAGGGUCUUAUACUACAAUGACUUCCUUCUACUCACCACCACCAUAUACCACCUUCACUUCCACAUUUGCCAGUACUUUAACGGAUGGAUACGUUGAAACUCAUUCGGGCAUUGUUGUUGUUACCACCAAUUCGGUUCAACAAUUAACUACCACAACUUCAAUGUUUACAUCACCAACUUAUCCAUCAACCACUUACACUAGCACAUUUGAAACUACUUUGACAGAUGGAUUCGUUGAAACUUAUUCUGGGAUUGUAGUUAUUUCCACCAAUUCUAUAAGAGAACCAAUAACUACUAUUUCAAUGUUCCCAACACCAACUUAUCCAUUAACGACUUACACUACCACAUUCACCAGUGUUUACCUAGACGGCGUUAUUCACACUAAAUCUGCUAUUGUAAUUAUUUCCACCAAUUCUAUACGAGAAAUAACUACCAGUACAUCUUUCUUACUCGAUGAUAACUUCAUUACACCUACUGCUGUCGAAUCUAAUAUAGAAGAUAAAUCUAGCAUACAUGAAGUUCUUGAUACCGUAAGUACCGCCACUAUUGGAUCUGACCUACCCAUGAUUAGUUCCGAAUAUUCACUCAUAAGUUCUUUAUCAAUCAUACCUUAUGAGUCUUCUACACAUAAUAGCGAAACCUCAGAUAUUGAAUCUAUUGGAUCUGUGGCUCGUUCAGAAUUUGAUUUAGUUGAUCCCGAAUCUGCUCUCAUAACUUCCAUAUCAAUCGAUCCUUACCAGUCAUUAUCCAGUGCCGAAUUCUCAAUCAGGGAAUCUGAUGAAACAGAGAAAAGUUCGGAUCUUCCAUUCAUAGGUUCGACGUUAUCUAUCCCUUACAUGUCAUCUACAUACAGUAGCUUAAUUUCAAUUAUUGAAUCUGAUGAAUCUAUGGUUAGUUCAGAACAUGAUUUGGUUAGUUCCAAAUAUCCAUACCAAAAUUCUAGUUCAUGGAGUCCAUAUGCGUCAUCCACAUACAAUUCUGUAUUAUCAUCCUAUAAGUCAAUUGAAUCAGAUAUCAAUUCAGAAGAUGAGUUCCUUAGUUCUGAAUCUACACUAAUAAGUUUCUCAACCAUCAAUCCAUACCAGUCAUCCGAAUACACUACCAAAUUCUCAACCAGUGAAUCUGGCGAGUAUUCGGUCAGUUCAGAAUCCGCUUUCUUAAUUUCAUCCCUAUCCAUACCUUAUGAGUCAUCUGAAUAUAACACCAUAGUCUCAAUCAUUGAAUCAGAUGAAACUGUGGUCAGCUCGCAUUCUGGUUCCAUGGGUUCCACGCCAACGAUAUUUUACGAAUCAUCUACAUAUGGCGCUAAAUCCUCAAUAGUUACACCAGAUACGGCUGUGAUUAGUUCAGAAUAUAGUUUCAGCAGUCCCAAAUAUCCAUAUCUGAAUUCUACAUCAUUGAGCGAUUAUACAUUAUCCACAUACAGUACCGUAUUUUCGAUCAUUGAAUCUUUUCAAUCGCUCGUUAUUUCAGAACCUACAUUCAUAAGUUACGUAUCAUCUAUCCCUAAUGAACCAACUUCACGUAACACCCUAUUAUCAACCACGAAGUCUGUCGAUUCAGUGGCUAGUUCAGGAUCUCCUUCAAGAUCCUUGGCUUAUGGGUCAUCUACAAAUAGCGCUAUAUUUUCAGUUAUUGAGUCCGAUGAUUCAGUUGUUGCUUCCGAAGAUUAUUUCAUUAAUGCGGAGCCAUCCGUGACAAGUUCUACAUUUUCCACAUCUUAUGAAUCAUCUGCAUACAUCAGCUUACUGUCAACUAUUGGACCUGACGAUUCUAUAGUCAGUUCAGAAUCUUCGCUCGCAAGUUUCACAUCAUCCAUUGCCAACGACUCAUCUUCAUAUAAUACCAUCUUCAUCAUGGAGUCUGAUACAAUCGUGGCUAGUUCACCAUCGCAUUUAAUAAUUUCCACUUUAACAAGACUUUACGAAUCAUCUACAUACAUUGGUAAGUUCUCUAUAGUUUCAUCUGAUGAAGCCGCUUUUAGUUCAGAGGAUGGUUUUAUUAGUCCCAAAUAUUCAUACGUGAAUUCAACAUCAUCGAAUCCUUAUACGUACAGUACAAUAUUCUCAACGAUUGAAACUGAUGGGUCUGUAAUUAGUUAUUCCAAUACUUUUGCUUCCGAAUUUUCAGUUAGAAGUCUUUCAUCAAUAAACCCAUACGAAUCACCUACUUCUAUUGUAGAAUCUGAUGAAUCUAUGGUUAGUUCAGAAGAACAGCUAGUUGCUUCAGAUUUUCUAUUUUCUACAUCAUCCAACCCUUGCGAGUCAUCCUCAUAUACCACUAUCUUCUCAGUCAUUGAAUCCGAUGAAUCAGUAAUUACUUUGGAAGCUAAUGAUGUUGGUCUCAAAUAUCUGUACCUGAAUUCCACAUCAUCCAAAGCUUACCCGUCAUAUACACAUAGUGCCGUAUUUUCAAUCAUAUCUGGUGAGUCAAUCAUUAGUUCAGUUUCUCCAUUUAUAAGUUCGACCACAUGCUUCCCUCAGGAGUCAUCUACAUACAGAACCACUAUGGAGUUUGAUGAAUCUGCGUUUAGUUCAGAAUCUUCAUUUGUGAGAUUAAAAUCACCCUACCAUAAUGAAUCAUAUACAGACAGUAGUGUAUUUCUGCUUAUAGAGUCUCAUGAACCAAGCUUAACUUCACAAGAUGGUUUCAAUGGUCCAGAAUCUCAAUUCAUAGGGUCCACGCCAUCCAUCUCCCAAGAUUCACCUGCAUAUAUCACCACAUUUUCAACUAAUGUAUCAGACGAGCCUGUGAUCAAUUCAGAUGAUGUAUUUAUUGGUUCAGAAUCUCUGCUCUUAAGCUCAACGUCAUUUCUCCUUCACAAAUCAUCUUCAUUCAGUACUGUAUUCUCAUCUAUUGAAUCUGAUGAAUAUGCAAGUAGUUCAAAAUUUCGAUAUAUCAAUUCGACAUCAACCAUCCCAUACGAAUCAUCGAAAUACAGCACUGCAUCCUCUAUUACUGAAUCUGAUAAACCAGUUGUUGCUUCGGAACAUGAAUUUCUUAUUUCACCAUCUCCACAUGAGAGCUCUAGAGAAUCUUUCACCUACAAGUCAUCUGCACAUAGUGAGGUAUCUUCAUUUACUAAUUCCCAUGAAGUUGAAGACAGUUUGACUAGUUCAGAAUUUCCAUUCAUAAGUUCUACACCAUAUAUCCCUUACGAGACAUCUACAUACAGUGCCAUAUUCUCAACUAUGGAUAUUAAUGAAUCCGAUAUGAGUUCAACAUUGAGAUCUACGUCGUUUAGUCCACGUGAAUCAUAUACAUACAGCAGUAUAAUUUUAUCUAAUGAAACUGACGAGACAAGUUCUGAAGCUAGCUCACAAUUGUCAUUAUUAAAUUCUACAGCAUUUGAAGCUCACGAGUCAUAUACGCCUAGUGUCAUAUCCAUAGUUACUGAGUCCAUUAAAUUGGAAGAUAGUUCCAUUAAUUCCGAGACUCUAUUCAUGAUUACUACAGUUUCCAUAAAUGAAAAAUCGUCUACGCAGAACAUCACAUUGUCCAUAGUAGGAUCUAGCGACUCUGUGGCUAGUUCUGAAUCUCCAUUUAUAAGUUUUACCACAUCCAUCCCAUACGAGUCAUCUACACAUAGUUCCAUAUUCUCGGUUAUUGAAUCCGAUGAAUCUGUGGUUAGGACAAAGUCUUCACUCGUUAGUUUUUCAUCUGACAACCAUUACGUAUCAUCUACAUACAUCACAGUAUUAUCGAGUAAUGAGUCCACUGAAACUGUUGUUAGCUCGGACUAUUUAUUAGUAAAUUCUUCAUCAUCCAUUACUAACGAAUCUUAUUCACACAGCUUCGGUUUUUCAAGUAUCGAAUCAGAUGAAUCAAUGAUUAAUUCAGAAGGUAGUUUUGUUAGUUCCACAUCAUCUGUGAAUAACGAAUCGUCUGCUUACAUUAGCUCUCUUUCCCUUAAUGUAUCUGAUGUACCUGUAUUCAUUUUAGAACCUGCGCUGCCAAGCUCUGCUUUAGCAGCGGCUUACGAAUCCUCUACGUACAACACUAUAUCGUCAACCGAAUCUCGGGAUAAGCCGAUGUCUAGUCCAGAACGUAGUUUGGUUAGUUCCGAGUCUGCAUUCAUAAGUUCUUCAUCAAUCAACUCAUAUGAAUCGUCUACACUCAGCAUCGAAUCGUCGAGCAGCGAAUCCUCAAGCAGUGACUCAGAGAUUUCAGUGUCUCAAUUCGUCAACUUUACUUCAUCAACAGCUUACGAAUCAUCUAUGUACAACAGUAUAUCAUCAAAUGAUUCACAGUAUGAGAUUGUAUCUAGUUCAGAUCGCGAGUUUUCAAACUCAGAAUCUUCUUUUAUAAGAUCCACAUCAUCCAAUCCUGAAGAUUCAUACAGCUUCAAAUUUUCAACUGUAAAAUCUCAUGAAUCAACGAUUAGUUCAGAAAGUAGUUUGUUUAGCUUUUCAUCAUUCACCGCUUUCGAAUCGUCUUCAUACAACCAUAUAUUUUCAGUUAUUGAGUCAGAUGCAUCCGAGAUUACGGCGUCUUGGUCCGUCAGCUCUAUACCAUCACCAUUUUACGAAUCAUCUACAUACAGCAUUAUAUUAUCAAAUGAUUCAAAGAAUGAGCCUGUGUAUAGUUCAGAUAGUGAUUAUUCAAGAUCAGAAUAUUCUUUUGAGAGUUAUGCAACUUCUGACCGUUACGAAUUAUCUUCACAUAGUGGCGAGUUGUGCGUUAUUGAAUCAAAUGAGUCAUCCAUUGGUUCUGAUCAUGCUUGCGAAAGUUCACAAUAUCCAUCUACAUACAGCAGCUUGUUUUCAGUCAAUAUAUCGUAUGAAUCUAUGAUCAACUCAGAAUAUACUCCUGCUAGCUAUACUUCAACAACGAUUUACGAAUCAUUUAUGCACAACACUAUUCUAUCAAGUGAUGUACAUGAAAAAUCUGUGGUUACUUCCGAAUUUGAAUUCAUAAGUUUCACAACAUCCAACCCUCAUAAUACACAUGCUUACAGCAGAAAAUCAUCAAUUAUUCAAUCCGAUGAAUUCAUGGUUAGUUCGCACGGUAGCUUGAUUAGUUCCACAGCAUCUAUUCCAUAUGAGUUCUCUUCAUAUAGCUCCAUCUUAUCAAAUGACGAAUCUGAUAGAUUUGUGGUUAGUUCAGAUGCCCCAACGUUAAGUUCUACAUCAUCAAUCACUUGCGAAUACAGUAAUGGAGUCUCGCUUAUUGAAUCUCGUGAAUCUGUGUAUAGUUCGGAGUAUGCUUACGAUAAGUCUACACCAUCAAUGCAGUUAGAAUCAUCUUCAUACAGUAGCAUAUUUCCAGUUAAUGUAUCAGACGAGUCUACUUUCAGCCCCGAAUUAAGACCAGUUGGGUCUGCACCAUCAAUGGUUUAUGAGUCAUCAACAUACAUUUCCUUUUCCUCAAUCGUUGUUUCACAUGAAUCAGCUAUUAGUUCGAAAGAUGUAUUUGUUGGUUCAGAGUCUCCAUUGGCAAGUUCAUUUGCAUCCUCCACUAGUGUGUCAUCUGCUCAUAAUAACUUUGACUCAAUUACCGAUUCGGAGAAAUCUGAGGCUAGGACAGAACCCAUGAGUUCCUUAUCGGUGAACAUUUACGAUUCAUCAACUCAGAGCACUAUUCUAUCAAAUAAUGAGUCUGAUAGGUCUGUGGUCAGUUCAACGGAUGGAUCUAUUAAACUAGAAUUUUCAUCUAUAAGUGUCACAAUGUCAGACACGUACGAGUUAUCUACAAGUGGUACCUUAUGUUCAGUUAUUGGUUCUGAGCAACAAUCCAUUAGUUCCGAUGUUAUUUUAAUCAUUUUGGAAAAUCCCGUCGCAAGUUUAACGGUGUCUACUAAGGAUGAAAUAACUAGUCAUAGUAGUAUACUUUCAAGUAUCGUAACUGGUGAAUCAGAUACAUUGAACAUUUCAGGAUCCACAGUUGUAAGUUCUACAUCGGCCAUCAUUUACGAGUCAUCUGAGUACAAUACCACGUAUUCAUCCGACAAAUCAGAUAUUAAUUCAAAGGGUAGUUUGAUUAGCUCUAGACCAUCUCUUGCUCACAAACCGUCUACUUACACUACCAGAUCAUCGGUACUUGAAUCUAAAGGUGCAGAAUCGACAUUAUCGAAGACCGGCGAAUCUGCUACACAUAGUACUAUAUCCUUAGUUCUUGAGUCAAGUGAACUGAGUUUUCCUUCAAAUGAUUAUACUUCUAGUUCAGAAUCACGUUCUACAUCAUCGAACCUGCGUGUGUCAUCUACAUACAGAACUAUCUUCACAAGUAAAAUAUCUGAUUAUUAUGUAUAUUCUUCGACACUCCAGGGCGCUGCGGGCCCCGCAGAAUCUACGUUUAUAGGUACUUCAAUAGUUGAUGAUAUGAUGGUAUACCCUUCUGUUCUGGAAAAUAUGGAUUCAUAUAGAUCCGAGGAAACACAAAUCGGUCUUGAUGAUUCUGUGUCUGGCUUGACAAGCGUGGUUAGCUAUGUAUCUAUUUCUUCAGUAGUAGAGCUGCAUACUUCUUUGAAUUCAUUAGCAACUGGUUUGGUUGAUGAACCAGGUAUAAUUUUCACUCAUAUUGAAUCUCUAGAAUGGCAUGAAGGGGAAGGUAUUAAUGGUAGCCUACCUUUAGAUCCGCUUUGGAACACUAGUGUGGGUUGGGAAAUGCAACCCGGUCGUUUACAGGGUUUUAACUUUUCAUUGACUUUACCUGAUGUUUUUGGAUUUUAUUCUUCAAACUACGGUAAUUCCAAGCGUGAUAGUGUCGAUUUGAUUUAUUUAGCAGUUGAUGAUGUUAAUUACGCACAAUGUAUGACUAUGCCAGGUUCAUU